CGCGCACACACACACACAUCUCUCUCUCUCUCUCUCUCUCUCUCUCUCUGUGUCUUGUCGGUCUCUUUCUCUCACUAAAACACAGACAUUGGAAGCAGCUGCAGCUGAGCUGAGAGCAACUGUUCCCAAGCUUCGACUGGGAAUUUGCUAAAUCUUCCUCGCCCCUCCCAUCCCCUCCCCUACCCUCGACGCCUUCUCCUUCUCCUAUUUCCUUCAAAUUCUCCAUUGUCGCAGUUCAUUCAGCUCUCUCUCCCCUUCUAUGUGCAGACUCAGAGCAAUGUGAGGGACUGAGAUUCCCACAUCCCCUAGACCUCUUUCCUCCUCCUCCGCAACCGCCGAUGAUGGUGGCUGCCUCCGCCGCCAUUCCCGACCCACCACCGGCGACCCCGAGCCCCUCUCGAGCUCGUUCCCUCACACAACCCCCAAAUCCACCUGCAUUGUCCUCGGCCCCAACUCCCACCGCUUACCCCAGAAAACCCAAAUCCAAGAAUGUCCCUUCUCGCUACCUCUCUCCUUCUCCUUCCACUUCUACCACGAACUGUUCUACGGCUACGACAGCCACAACGACCACCACCUCGUCCUCCACGAGCUCCCGCCGAUUCGCCUCUCCCCUCCUCUCUCGUUCCACUAACUCGGCCCCAUCCCCUUCCCCUGCCCAGAAGCGGGCCCAGUCUGUGGACAGGCGGCGCCCAGGCACAGCCAGGUCCACUACCCCAGUCCCUUCGGGGAAUUCGGGCGGUGGAGAGGUUUCCGCAGCGGCCAAGCUCCUGAUCACCUCCACCCGGAGCCUGUCGGUCUCGUUUCAAGGUGAGGCAUUUUCGCUCCCUGUCAGUAAGGCGAAGAAGGCUGCCACUCCUGAGAGGAGGCGGGCCACCCUCACCCCGGUCAGGGAUCAGAGCGAGAAUUCUAAGCCGGUGGAUCAGCACACGCAUCGCUGGCCUGCCAGGACCCGCCAAGCGAAUUCGAGUUCGAAUGUCAAUUCUUUCUCUAGGAGCGUUGAUUAUUCUAGGAUUAGUGAUGAGAAAAGGAAGUUGAUUGGGUUUGGAUCUGGGAAUUUGAGCAAGCUGUUGCAGCAUUCCAUGAUUGAGGAGGGUAGCAAUGGUAGGAGGAUGUCCUUUGAUGGGAGGUUGAGCUUAGAUUUGGGUAAAGUUGAGUUCUUAAAGGGUAUUCCUCAACCCCCUGAUACCAACUCCUUGAACGAGUCGAGUGCUAAUUGUGAUCUCACUACCUCUGAUACUGAUAGUGUGUCCUCUGGGAGCACUAAUGGGGUUCAAGACUGUGGUGGGAUCACGAAGCCGAAAAGUGUGCCAAGAGGGAUUGUUGUUUCUGCUAGGUUCUGGCAAGAGACCAAUAGUCGGUUACGCCGCCUACAGGAUCCCGGGUCACCUCUCUCGACAAGUCCGGGAUCAAGAAUUGCAGGGAUACCCAAUAAGCUUUCUCAAUCGAAGAGGUUCAGUUCUGACAGCCCACUGGGUUCUUCUCGGACAAUGGCAUCUCCUGUCAGAGGGGCUACGCGACCCGCUUCUCCGAGUAAGAUGUGGGCCUCAACAGCUUCGUCUCCUUCGAGGGGGAUAUCGAGUCCCUCUCGGGUUAGGCCAAGUUCGGGGAAUUUGAAUGGUAACUCAUGUAGUAUGCCUUCGAUUCUUAGUUUCUCGAUGGAUGUGCGAAGAGGGAAGAUGGGGGAGGACCGCAUUUUUGAGGCACACCUGUUAAGGCUUCUAUAUAACCAAUACUUGCAGUGGAGGUUCGUGAACGCGAGAGCAGAUGCUGCUUUCUCGGUGCAGAGGUUGAGCGCAGAAAAAAAUUUGUGGAAUGCGUGGGUUACAAUAUCAGAGCUGCAGCAUACUGUCAUCCUGAAAAGGAUGAAGUUGCUUUUGCUGAGGCAGAAGUUGAAGCUAACUGCAAUUCUAAAGGGACAGAUAGCUUAUCUGGACGAGUGGUCUCUUUUGGAGAAAGAGCAUACGAGCUCCUUUCUUGGGGCAACUGAAGCUCUGCAGGCAAGCACUCUCCGUCUUCCAGUGAUUGGAAAAGCAACAGCUGAUGUACAAAAUUUGAAGGAUGCCAUAGGUUCAGCGGUUGAUGUGAUGCAGGCAAUGGCAUCCUCUAUAUGCUCACUGUCCUCAAAGUUGGGUAAACAUGAUCGAAGCCGAACUGUUGAUCGGCAGGUCGAGGACAUGAACUCCUUGGUAGCUGAACUUGUAAAUGUAUCGGUGAAAGAACGGCUUUCCCUUGACCAGUGCAGAGAUUUCUUGUCCGGAUUAGCAACAUUGCAGGUGAAAGACUGUAGCUUGAGAACCCACGUAUUACAGUUGCAUCGCGUACUACCAACACCCUGAAACACCUGACAGCAACAACAGACACUGUGUAGAGAGGAACUGAUCGAUCUUCUGACCACAACUAUGACUGCUCGGACUUCAUUAACGAAUGCUAACAAUCUUACAUGCCUCCAGACCCGACCCGACCAAUUUGUUUUGUUUUCCCUCUGGAAUGGAGCUGGAGACAGCGCCUGAGACAAGGUAAUAAAAGGUGAUCGAACGGGUCCUCUUUUCUCUUUGUUCCUUCUUCUCCUUCCCUUCCUCUCCCCGUUCGGUAUAAUUGUGUAACUGGUGUCUUCUACUGAGUGAAAUGAACAUGGGCAUGUGCUGAUUUGGUGUAUACCAAUCGUGCUAUUUCUGGUGUUAGGGUAAAAGAAAAGCAGUGUAUAUAUUGUUAUUAAUAUAAUUACAUUAGCUGAUUGAUUUAGUAAUUC